UGUAACAUUCUAAUUCUAUGAAUAAAAUAUGACUAGCAAAGGGAGGUCAAUGGACGAUAUUCAUACAAGUUUCUACAUAUAUGUUGAUUAAUGGGAGCGCAGAUAUUCACGAAUAGGAAGAGAAAUUCAGCCUUCUUCAAAUUUUGUUGGCUUCGCCAUCUGUUGUCCAAGAAGAAGCUACUCUCCAGGGAUCUAGUGUUUUUGUUCAUAGACAUUGGAGUAGUACACUACAACAACAAGAGGUGGGAAAUUAAACAUGGAAAAUGUUCCAAGAAACCAUGAGGCUGAUAUAGAAAAUAAUUCUUCAGAACAAGAACUGCUCUAUGUUGCGGAACGGAUUCAUUCCAAGUUUGACGUUGUGAAGUCCUAUUCUCAGCGUCCCUUGAUGCAAGAUCGUCUUAUCUUCUGUACCGACCCUUUACUUCGUGAAGUAAAUAAAGAAGCCUACAAACCGAAUUUUGUCAUCAUUGGUCAUCUUUGUCCUUAUAGGGAAGGAGAGUUUUUAAUGGAAAUCGAAAUGCAAAAGCGGAUAUAUUUGGCCUCGUUUCUCCAGAAAGCUGAGAAGACAGCUAGCUUGAAGGAUUUUUGCAAAUUGAUCAAAGACUCCGCAGACCGAAUCAAUGGUUGUUAUGAAAUAACCCAUUGCCGAUGUUAUUCUCAGUACCUAGGAACGAUCGAACAGGCAUCCAUAGAAGGCCAUCCCGGAUUUUUCAUUGAGAUGAUUUUAGUGGAUGCAAGCUUCAUCAUUGAACUCUUCUUGAGAGCCUACAACAAGAAAUGGAGAGAGGAAGGCGAUUUUAUCCUCGAUGGGCCAGGGAAGAUGCACAAUAUCCGGCGAGACUUGUUCUUGGCUGAAAAUCAACUGCCCUUCUUUAUUCUUAAAGAACUAUAUGAAUUUGCCUUUGGUGGUAAUCCCGACUUCCCUUCCUUUCUUCAUCUUACCUGUCACUUCUUCGGCCCUUAUUACAACCAGCACACAUCCAUUCAGGCACCAAGCGUUUGCCAUGGUAGAGCUAAGCUGGAGGACGCUAAACAUUUCACAGACUUGCUAAGAACACUUCAGCUACCACCAUAUUCAUUGCUACCAUCAUCCAAAAAGCCAGAAGAAAGCCUAGAGGCGGGCCAAGGGCAAGGUGAAUAUUUAUACAGUGCAGUUCUGCUGCGUGAAGCAGGGGUGAAGUUUAAAGUGACCACAAACAGAUGCUUACUCGACAUAGAAUUCAACCAAAACAACGGAGAGUUGAAAAUCCCCCCUUUGAGACUUGAUGAGUUAACGGAAUCAUUUUUCCGAAAUCUCAUGGCUUGGGAGCAACGCUACUAUCCACAUGAAACUCUCAUUUGUGACUAUAUUUUUCUAAUGGAAUAUCUCAUCAAGUCUACUGAAGACGUGGAUUUACUCGUUCGAAAAAGAAUUCUCAUCAACCAGCUUGGCAGCCAUAAAGCAGUGGUAAGUCUAUUCAACAAAUUGUGCAAGCAUGUUAUUCCAAUGGAAAAGAACCACUACUCUGAUAUUUUUUGGAAGCUCAAUGCUUACAAUGCAGUUCGCCGUCAUAGCUGGAUAGCAAUUCUCAGACUGCAGUAUUUCUCAACUCUCUGGAGAGGUGUUGCCACAAUUGCUGCAGUUGUCCUCCUUGUGCUUACUUUAAUACAAACCAUAUGUGCUGUCAUUUCCCUUUAGAUGUGUUGCAAGUAAUGCUUGCAUCGAGUCUAAGUGGACAGCAUGACACGUGUGCUAUUGAGACAACAAUGUUCUUUAGUGUGCGUCUGCAUGGGGUAAGUAGAUGAAAAUGUGUAACCUUGCAUGGUUACUAUAUGAACCUGUUUUACACUUGUAAUUCCUUCCAUAUACAAGUCUUGUGUCGAUGAUUACCAUGUAGUCAUCAUAUGUAUAUAUGUUUGAAGUAAUCUGAAUCAUGAAUCUAUGAAGAAACCUUGUUUAGGAAUUUCCUCUGUU